AUGGCUCCCGUCACUAUCCCAACCAAGUUCACCGUCACCAGCUGGGACCAGAACAAGGUCAAGCCGGAGAACGACCUCGUGUUCAACCCGAACAUUGCCAUCUCGGAGCGCGAGUACACUGGCGAGAUGGAGGGCAAGGUGACGGCCGCGUACGCCAUGUUCAAGCACUCGAACUCUGAGAACGCGGAGGACGGGUCCUUCUACGGCAUGCAGGUCUUCACCGGCACGCUGCAGGGCAAGAAGGGCUCGUUCGCCGCGCACGUGAGCGGCACCUACGUCGGCGGCAAGGUCUCGGCGAAGCUCACCAUCGUGCCGGAGAGCUCGACCGACGAGCUCAAGGGCAUCAAGGGCCACGGCACGUUCGUCGUGCCGGACGUGCCGGCCAACGUGGCCAAGCACAAGGUCGACCCCAACUUCAAGGAUGUGGUCGACGGCGAGCUCACCUUUGAGCUUUGA